CCGGGAGCUGCGGGGCCGGCGCAGCGCAGCGGGGCCGCCCGCCCGCGGCCGCUGAGCGCCGCCGCCCGGGCCGCCGCGCCGCCGGCACCCCGCCCGCGGCGGGGGAUUGCCCGUGGGGCCGGCCCGCGGGCCGGUUGCGAGCAGGAUGCGCCUGGCGCUGGUCUCCAGGUAGAGCGCGGAGACAGCGGGGGGGGGGACACGGGGCCGCCCGGGCCUCGCCCGGCCAGCGCGGGGCCCCUCGCGCGGGGCGGGCCGCGGGCCCGCUGCUGCGGCCCGCAGGGAGCCGCGGGGCGCUCGCAGCGGCGGCAGCGAGGAGAAGGAGGCCCGGCCGCGGGAAGAGGGCUGCGGAGAGGGAGGAAGAGGAGGAGCCCCGCCGCCCCCCGCCCGCCGCAGGAAGCCGCCGCAGGAUGUACGGUAGCGCCGGGGGCCCGGCCGGUUCGCCGUGACAGCCCGGCCCAGCAGCCCGCUCGCCCCGCCGCGGCCGGCCGAAGCCCUUCCUGCGGAGGAAACAUGUCCAAGAUGCCGGCCAAGAAGAAGAGCUGCUUCCAGAUCACCAGCGUGACCACGGCGCAGGUGGCCAGCAGCAUCACCGAGGACACCGAGAGCCUGGAUGACCCGGAUGAGUCCCGCACCGAGGACGUGUCUUCUGAAAUCUUUGAUGUUUCCCGAGCCACCGACUACGGCCCCGAGGACGUCUGCGAGCGGAGCUCCUCCGAAGAGACUCUCAACAACGUGGGCGAGGCCGAAACUCCCAGCAGCGUCUCUCCCAAUCUCGUUCUGGACGGGCAGCUGGCCGUGGCUGCCGCUGGGGCGGCUGCAGGCCCCAACGGGGGGGCCGUGCCCAAAAGUUCGGCUGUGCCCCUGGCAGCUGUUGCCCCCGGCACUGCUGUGGGGGGAGGCAGCAGUGCUCAGGCUGCCGUGCCCCCCGCAGGCCCCGCUGCCCCCGGGGCCAUGUCUCAGACGGCGGCUGCCGCGUGCAGCUCACGCUUCAGGGUGAUCAAGCUGGACCACGGUACCGGGGAGCCCUACAGGCGAGGCCGAUGGACGUGUAUGGAGUACUAUGACCGGGACUCGGACGGUGCUGCUGUCCUGGGCAGGACUGGAGAUUGCAUUAGGCACAGCAGCACCUUCGAACAGGCUGCUCAAGAGAGGGACAGUGGCCUCGGUGCCACGGGAGGUUCUGUUGUGAUCUCGGCUGUGCCAGCGUCAGCCCAUGGCCCCGAUUCUAUAGCUGACAGCUCCCUGGCUGCUGUGUCACAGCUGCUUCAGACAGAGAAAAUGAACCCGUCUUCUCUACAGCAACCUAGUUUUGUCAUUGGGCAACAGCAGCAGCCCGUAGGUGGGGCCGUGCCUCAGAGUGCUGCUCAGCCUGUGUUUUCUGGGGCUUCGGGAGCAAGUCAGCAAAUGAUGGUGCCGCAGCAGCCGCAGCCACAGGUAAAUCCACAGGGUGUUUCGCAGGCCGGACCCAACGGGAAAGGCAUGGCACCUCCAAAUGUGACAGUAGGGCAGUCAAGCAUUCCUGUGGCUCAGCAGCAGGUGCAGCAGGCAAGCAUACCAGUGACUCAGCCUCAACAAUUUGCUUAUUCUCAGUCCCAGAUUCCACCAGUGCAUCUACUGCCGACGCAGCCUCCUGGGCAGGCUGAAUACAUGCAGCACAUGACAAUUAUGCAGUCUCAAGGAGCUAUUCAGCAGGCUGCUACAAGCUCUGCUCCAAGUACUGUGGCCUCCAGCCUCCCCGUGGGGCAGGUGGGGGGCCAGAACGCGUCCCCCGUGGGAGCGGCGGCGCAGCCCGGCGAAGCGGCCGCCCCGGGAGCGGGGCUGCUGCAGAGCGGCCAGGCACAAGGCAGCCAGCCUGGCAUCCCUCAGCCGGGCAGCGUGGUGCAGCCAGGCCUCGGGCACUCGGGGGUCGUGCAGCAGAAAUCUGUGACUCAGCACCCGAUGGGGGGAAGCAGUCAAGUGUCGGCAAUGCCCGGCGCUCCCCAUGCCGUGCUCCCCGGAGUUCAGAGCGUGCCUGCGGCCGUGCCUGGUACAAGUGUGCCUAGUGUGUCCACCAGCGCUUCUGCUACCAUGCCAAACGUCCCUGUGACGCUGGUGCAGUCCCAGCUGACGAGCCACCCCUCUGCCAGCAGGAGCCCUGGCGGGGUCCCGUCGCAGCACGUCGCCCACUCGCUGAUGCAAGGUGCGCCCAGCGCGCCCGCCAGUCUGCCUCAGGCCAGCCUCGGACAGUUCCAGGCCCAGUCCUUGGCAGGCCAGAUCGAUGAUACUAGAAGAAAAUCGGAACCCCUACCUCAGCCGCCACUUUCUCUUAUAGCUGAAAAUAAACCUCUUGUGAAGCCUCCCAUUCCAGACACUCUAGCAAAUCCUCUUCAGUUACCUGCAAGUACUCCAAUGAACAGUCUUGCUAGCUCUGUUUUUGGCAUAUCCAUUCCUGUUGAUGGUGAUGAAGACAGGAACCCGUCAGCUGCAUUCUACCAAGCGUUCCAUUGCAGCAGGUUGCAGGAGCCAAAGGCCUCCGGGGAUAGUGCGUCUGGUGCAAGUGUUGUUGCCAUUGACAACAAAAUAGAACAGGCAAUGGAUCUGGUGAAAAGCCAUCUGAUGUAUGCAGUGAGAGAAGAAGUGGAAGUCCUGAAGGAACAAAUAAAAGAGUUGGUAGAAAGGAACUCUUUACUUGAACGGGAGAACGCGCUGCUGAAGUCGCUGUCCAGCACGGAGCAGCUGUCGCAGCUGCCGCAGCCGGGCCCCGCGCAGCCGCCGCCCGCGCAGCAGCCGCAGCCGCAGCCCAACGUGUCCUCGGCCUGAGCCCAGCCCGAGCACCGCCGCGCUCUCCCCGUUUGGCCUUCUCAGUAUUAGACAAUCACCCGCAGAGCCGCGCCCGGGCGUGCCCCGCCCCGCUGCCCGAGCUCGGAGCUCCCUCUGCUCCUGGGCUGCCCAGCAACAAUUCCUCUUCAGAGCCACUCUUCUUUUCAUAUAAGUAACAUUUGCCUAUGUUAGUUUCAUUUAUUUGUUUUAUUUAUUACAGGGCUGCUAUUUUCAUAAUGUACAUGAACAAUGUCACAGAACUUUUGAAUUUUUUUUUAAAUAAAUGUCUGUAUGGGUAAAAUGAUAGAUGGGAUUGCGUUAAUAGAUACAAUGUCUAGGCAAUAAUUGAACAAAGAAUCCUGGCAUAUUUCUAACACUAAUGGCAAUUGACCUUUGGUAUUUAUUUACGGUAGUCAAGAUCCAGCUUGAAUGUAAAUUUUGUAUAGAGUGUAAGUAUGAAGACCAUAGUGCAUCUGUACAGGUAGUCACCAGUCCUUGUGAUAUAAUAAAUAAGUGAUGGGCUAUUUUGAUGAAGAAAACUUUGCUCAUUUCUGUUUCUACUUUCUAAUAGAGAGAAAGGGGCCAUGAUUCCUCUGCUUUUUGACAUUUCGUUUUUGGUUUGGUUUUUUGGGUGGGAAUAAAAAGCUGUGAAAUUGUUCAACCUACUUUGUAACCAAAGAAGCAAAGCUGUAUAAUUGAGUUGGUUGUUGGUUUUUCCUUUUGUUUUGUUGGUUUUUUAUUUUAUAAUGCACAUUCUUUAUGUAUUUUUUAUUUAGUGUUUUCUCAUUCACAACUUUCUUUGCUGUCUCGCAUGAUCUGCAUGACCUGUAAUCUUUGAACCACUUCCGUACCUCAUGUUUUUAUCCAGCACUCUUAGUGUAAUAUGUACUAGUCUGUGAACAAUGUCAAUAAAGAGAAAGAACAGCUGGUGUUGGUGGAGCUAAGCUAGUGUGCUAGGCACUAGUUGUUAAAACAAAUAAAUGAAGUGAGCCAUCUUUUGUUCAUUUAAAAUGGUGUUUUGAAUUUCGUAUGCAGAAAACGUUUUGUUACAUUGCAGAUUUAAUGUAUUUAAUAAAUGCAACAUGCAGAUUAAAUGCAGUGUAUACCGAGUAUUUAAAUUAAAAAUGUACAUUUCAUAAAUACAGUUUCAAGAAAGACCAUCAUUUGUGUAAACUAAUGCAGUGUGUCAAAUUGAUGUACAAAUAUAUAUAUAUUUUAACACAUUUUCUGAAAUUAAACCAGUUUUGUUGAAUUUUUUGGCUGUAGAUGUUGUUGCAGUAUGAUUAAACUCAGUAUCUCUUUUCUGAACCAAA